AUGAACCCCCAGAUUGAAGAACUGCUUGGCCUAGAGGCUGUCCGCUCCAGGGCGCAUGCCGUUCUCGAAAUAGCUAGGCAAGGCCGUCUCAAUCACUUUAACUACCAUGCGGAUCGAAUGGAAAAUGCCACCGACUAUGUCCUGAAACUCAUCCAGCGCGACUUUGGCCCAGACAAAUACCAUACCAUCCCUCCUCACGGUCGUUGGCAACAUUUCGAGGUCGGCGGGGUUCCCCGCAUAGAUAAACUUCUGGCCGAAUGGGACCAGCAGAAAUGUGACUCGCUCGAAAAGACCCGACGUCUGGUAGAUCUUUUCUUUGUCUCAGUCCUUCUUGAUGCCGGUGCUGGUGACUUCUGGCGCUUCCAGGAACCAGGGACUGGUCACACCCUCAACCGAAGUGAGGGCAUUGCGGUGGCGGCGUUACACAUGUUCCUCAAUGGCGACUUUGCAGGCCCAGGCUCGGCAUCAAAGCAUACUGCGAAUGGUGAGGCACUGCGCAAUCUCAACAUCGAUAUCUUAUCCCAUGGACUACAGGUUACCGAAGGAAACCCCAUGGUCGGAGUUGGUGCCCGUGCAGAUAUUCUUCGCAAGCUCGGCGAGUCCUUGGUAAAUCUAAAGGAGAUAUUCGGUUCCACUGGCCGUCCAGGAAACCUCGUGGACUAUCUCAUUGCGCAAUCUAGUGAGAGUGGAAAGCUUGACUAUAAAGAUCUUUGGAACGUUCUCCAACGAUUGCUUCUCCCAAUUUGGCCAUCAGACCGGACUCAUUUGGAAGGACAUCCCAUCGGAGAUGCGUGGCCCCUGCGCGCCCUUGAACAGCAGCCUGGAGCUGAGCUCAAGCCUUAUUCCAAUAUCCAACCCUUCCACAAACUGACCCAGUGGCUAGCAUACUCAUUGCAAGUGCCAUUCUCCCGCCUUCUGUCAGUUUCAUGGACCAAUACCCACCUGGGUACUGGUCUUCCGGAGUACCGGAACGGAGGAAUGCUUGUUGACAUGGGGGUACUUGAGCUAAAGCCCGAGGCCCUUCAGCGGGGUCUCAGUCUCUCCGGUGGUGCUUUGCCUUCUUUCGCCGCUGGGGCGGAUGAGAUCGUAGAAUGGCGAGCAAUGACUGUGGCCCUUCUUGAUGAGAUGCAUACUAAGAUCCUCGCGCGCCUGGAUGGUGUUGAGCUGUCUUUGCCGCAGGUCUUGGAGGCGGGAUCAUGGAAAGCAGGACGUGAGCUUGCCGCGGCCAACCGACCAGAUACUAAGUGUAGUCCCAUCUUGAACUUUGGUGAUGGAACUUUGUUCUAG